AUGUCAGGUUUAGGAUUAAUAAGUACAUACACUUCUGAUUCUGAAGAUGAUGAAGUUAUUAAGGAUAACAAUAAUAAAUCCAAUGAAGUUUCUGAACGUUUACCCUUACCUGGGAGUAUUGCAGCAUGGAAAGGUGUUCCACAUCACGAAGAACUUAGUGAUGAUCCAUCACAACACAAUGGACGAAUAAGAAGUUUCAAACAUGAACGUGGGAAUUGGGCAACCUUAGUUUACAUUGACUAUGAACCUAGUGAGACCAUGCUUUUAUGGAUGCUAUCAGUAUCGAAUGAAUUACCAAUGAAAUGUAAUAUAUUUUCUGAAGAGUUUCAUAUUAGCAUAACAAGAACUUUAAUUUUAAAAUUCCAUUGGAUUGAAUCCUUUGUAGAGGAAAUUAAAAAGUUAUGCGAGCAGACCAAUCAAUUUCGUUUAGAAUUUUUGAAUGUACGGACAUACUGUAAUGAAGAAAAAACACGUACAUUUCUUGGGAUAGAAUGUGUUGAUUACAAAGGAACUUUAGAUAAUUUUGUAAAGGAUAUUAAUAAUUCUCUUGUAGAGUACAAAUUGCCACCUUUUUAUGAGGAUUCUUCAUACCACAUCAGCUUUCUGUGGUGUCUCGGCGAUGAAACAGCAAGUUUAAGCAAUCUUACAUCCUCCUUGACAAAUAAGUUAAAUCACUAUUUAGCUGAACAUAUAGAAGAGAGAUAUAUACACAUCAACAAAGUACAUCUUAAAGUAGGGAACAGAUUAUAUGCAUUCAAAUUAAGGUAA